AUGUCAAAUCAAACAAACCACGGUAUGUACUAUACCCUCAGCCCCUUCAAGGCCCCCAAGGUCUCUGUUCUCCAGGUCAUGCCACUCAUUGAGCGUGUCGCGCUGCUGGACAGCGCGCCCAUUGUCCUGACCGGGCAAACCCGCACCGCUGACACCGGCCUCUGGAAGGGCGUUCAAGUGAUGAUGCCGCGCGAUGCGCUGAUUGCUUACUCCUCCUGGGCAGAGCGUUACAUAGUGCCCAGCACAACGCAGCUGAUUAUCCCCGGUAUGGUCAGUAGGGCGGCACUGCGGUACGUCGUGCAGUGGAUCUGCGCGGUCGGCGAAAAGCCGCUCAAGCCUCUGGGCUCUCUGGCCGAAGACUUGCAAGUGUACAAGGUGCUGAAGGCGCUGGCUGUGCCGAUUGAGCGCACCACAUUCCUGAACCACAUCUUGCGGUACCUGAAGAGCGGCAACUACAUUGCGCACGAGGACGCUAAAGUCGAGGAUAUCAUGGUCAUGUGGGAGAACUUUUCUGACGACAAAAGGAUCCUGCAGGCCGUUUUGAAUGCUGUGCUUUGCCGCCCGCCGGAUCCGGAGGCCCCAAACCUAGAUGAUAUUGAAGUGUACAUCUGCCGUAACCCAGACCUACUGCGCGAGGCACAGGCGGUAUACUAUUCGAGAAGCAUGUUUUGGUCGGGGUUCUUGCAGGGCUGGCAGCAAAAUGUUGCUCAGCUCUACAAGUAGUGUGGUGAAACACGGCUAUUUAAGCUGUUUGGAUUCGAGAGGUAAGUAUGAAGAAUUGCAAGGCGCACCGCACGGUGUUUUUUUGGUUUCGGAUGGAUUUACGGGUAGACCUGCUCUUUCUUCGAGGACAUCGCAUGAUUUAGAUACGCAUGGUGUAGAGAAGCUGAAUGAACCGUAUGGUUUGGAGAAAG